UGCUGAAGGGGCUAACUAGUGUGCAGUGCUUAAAUAUGAAGUCUGUGUUCCUGAUUGCACUUAUCUUGGCUCUGGGCAGCUGUCAGGCUGCCGAAGUGGCCGAAUCUCUGUCAGCCCAGGACCGCUCAUUUUCCAGCGUGAUAUUGGAAGGAGUGGAGGCUUUUAGGGGAGUCCUGCAAAAUGGAAGCCCUCAGUAUGGAAUUCCCGUGAUGGCCCCCAUGAAGUUGGCCCAAAGGGCCCUCAAUUUCAACUCCGGCGAGUUCAGUGGCACCCUUGGGGUCGAAGACUUUGUGCUGCAGGGCCUCGAUCAGUACGAGGUCAUCUCAAUGCGCAUGGAAGUGCUCAGGAGUCGUCUUAGCUUUGAGUUCUUGUUUCCCAGCGUAAAUGCCACCACCAACUACGACCUGGACAUGGGCAGCGGCUAUCGCGUGCAGCGCAAUGGUGGCGCCUUCUUUGCCCUCGAGAAUCUGAACAUUCAGGGCAGGAUCAACUACUCGCUGGGUGUCCUCAGUUCCCAGCUGCGCGUGAAGGAUAUCCUGAUCUACGUGUCGGUGGGCAAUGUCAACUCGCAGAUCGAGAACCUGUCCAAGUACCGCAUCUUCAACCGCAAACUGAACGAGGUCGUCGAGGAGUUCGUCACCCUGACGAUCAACGACAACACGGACUUCGUGGCCUCCUGGAUCAAUGAGCAGGUCACUCCCAUUUGCAACGAACUGAUCGGAGAUCGGACUUUGAGUGAUAUCAUUGCUAUUAUUACGGGAGGAAACUAAUAAUAUUGCUCAAUAAAGUAGACUGUAUUUUUCAAUUUAAA